UGGCGACAGGUUUAUUGUCUAAUGUUGUGAAACGUUGGCCUUUGGUUGAAAAGUUUUACUGUACAUCUUGUGUUUGAAUUUAUCCGUGUUUCAGUGUUAAUUUUAACUUCUAAGGUUGAUAAACUUUUGGAACUAGCUUUAUUGUUUUCAUAUUUCACAAGAAAUAUACUUGAACGAUACGAACAAAAAGGUUUUAACAUUAUAAACAGUAACAAAAUGGCAACAGGUUCAUUGUCUUCAGUUCCAAAACGUUUGCGUAUGGUUGAAGACUUUUCUUGCACAUGUUGUUUAUAGCAGAAUCUUAUGGAAUCUGCAGACAUUUAUUGUGAACAAUGUUUAAGGUUUUAUUGUAAAAAUGUGUUAUCCUGCAUAGUCAGUUGUUUACAAAACAUAUGACAUGUGGAAGGGAGGAUAUUAAGAAAUGGUCAGUUUCUAAGGCGGUGGAAGAUUUUCUCAGGAAGUGUGAGGUGCAUGCGGAUGAAACACUGACACAGUUUUGCCAUGACCACAGUCAGCUGUGCUGCUCUGCAUGUGUUGGAACAAUUCACAGCCAGUGCAGAGAAGUGACCCAGAUUUCGGAGCUGACCAACUCGCAGCCCUCAGGCCUAGAGGGGCUGUCAGUGGAGCUGGAAACUGUCCUGGGGGAAAUUAAAACCCUGCGGAUCAGUCAAGAGGCCAGCAUUCAGUCAUUGCAGAGAACAUACAAUGAACAUAGGGAAGUUAUGAUAAAGCAAAUGUGUGGCAAUUUAAAUACUUAUAUAGAUGAAUGUGAUAAUAAUUCUGUGGGAACAUCAGGCGGAAAUGAGCAAUAUUUAAAAGAAGAGAUGUGUAGGAAUGUUGUUUCUAUCUUGAAUGAAUUCGAUAAUAUUACUGUGAAGGAACUUGACGAGAUGAAAGCUGAGGUUAUAAGCAUUAAAGGGUCAGUUACAAGUUCUAUUCAUAAAUGCACCAGUCUUCACAAUGACUUGUCACAAUUCCAUGAAAUUGUUCAGAAAAUUGGAGAUCAUAAGCAGCUCUGCCUAAUAGCCAGCAUAAAAUGUAAGCAUAUAAUACAGCAGGCACUGACUCAGCUGGGAAAGUCAGGCAAGGCGUUUAAUGUCCAGAGUAAUGCUAAGCACAAUGUGAGAAUACCAAGUGAUUCAUAUGAAUGUAGUAUCACAGGCAUAUGUGUUCUGACUGAUGGGCAGGUGCUGGUCGCAGACUGGGAGAAUAGGAGGUUCAAGCUGCUGAACCAGCAGUACCAGGUGGUGAGUCACUGUGGUAUUGCUGAACCUGUAUGGGACAUGUGUCAGAUCACACCCAGUGAGGUUGCAGUGACUGUGAAUACUAGCUACACACAUAAUGUCCAGUUUAUUGCAGUCACCCAGAGCCAGCUCACUCUUGGUAGGAAGCUUGAGUUACAACAUACAUGUAGAGGUAUUGACCACCACGAGGGUGAACUGUUUAUCUGCUCUCGUACUGCUCUGUUCAAGUACACAUUAUAUGGCAAACAGCUCUGCAGACUCUAUGAAGAUAGGUCAUCUGAUGAUACAGUAGACAAGUGUGCUGUGAGUCCCUCAGGAGACAGGCUGUACAUCACCAGCUGGAAACAGGACAAGCUUCUCACCCUGGCCAGGGAUGGCACACUCCUGGCUACAUACUCAGACCCAGCACUAUAUGGCCCAUAUGGUCUACAUGUGACCCCUGCAGGCCAGGUGCUGGUCUGUGGAGCCUGGUCCUACACUGUACUACAGGUGGGCUGGGAGGGGAAGAGUAAGCUGACUACGCUGGCUACUCAGGAGGAUGGAGUGAGGCACCCAUGGUCAGUCUGCUACUGCAGCACAACAUCCUCCAUCAUUGUGGGACAGCUGGGGGACAUCCUGGUGUUGAGAGUGGAAUAGUGUGUACAUUCGCUGCUGAGUCAGGACAACGAUGCUGAUGAUGUGGUGGACAAGAAUGACCUGAAUAUGCAGAAGGAGAGCACCAGCAUUGGUAUUGAGCUGGCCCAGCAACAGUACCAGUCCAGCAUGCAGGAGAUCCAGUCAAGGACGACCCUUCCCCUCCCCUGACCACUAACUCCUCACUUUUGACCUGCAGCCUCAAAGGAUCAGCAUCGUUGAACAAUUCUGUUCUGCAGGAAAUUCUCAGCACGUCAAGUUUUCACGGGCUGUUCUCAACAACCGCAAUGUCCUGGUUGAGUUUUCCACACUCAAGCCUGAGUAGUUUUGUUAAAUAUAAGCAGUAGAAAUGGUAAAACUAACAGCCAGUGUGCUUGCUCUGGGACAUCACAUAGAAUAUCACAGAAUACAAAGUUGAAUAACUUGUUCCAUUCAUUAUGGGACCAACAGAAAUUCAGCAAGAAACAGGGCAAAAAAUCAAGGAACAAUUGAAGCGAUUAAUUUAGAAGUGUAGGCUUUCCAAAGUAGAUACUUCUGCUGUUGAUAGUUUGGGCAGUAAUAGCGUGACGGACGUCUCAGUUUGUCCUCUCAGGCGUGUAAACUGUCCAAAGAGAACACGCUUCUGACGCUUUUGCUGACGAAGAAAGGCAGUAAUGACUUGGCUGUGAACACCCAGAGCACAAUACAUCCUUGGGGCAUGCCUCAGACGCAAAUUCCGCCAAAGAUUAUAAACAAGGUGCAAAAUGUAAACAUGUCUAGCUUUGUUACGAGCACUUCCCACUCAGAGCCCAUAGGCCUCGUAUUGAAUCGAGGCUAGAGAAGGCAUUGACAAAUGACAGCAGUUGUGUUGUGUGGUCCAGUAGGCCCUUCGACUCUCAACCCAACGUUAAUCAGAACUCAAACUCAGCCCUUAGCAAUAUCAGCUCAGCUCCUUGAGCCUCAGGACUUGAUGCAAUCCUUGAUUGGUACCCAGCUUAACAACAGGCUCUUUGGUCAGCUGGGCCCAGACGCCCAGAGACACUUCCUGUGCAUCGGGGGUAGUUGGCUCUUGGCGCAGGACCUCGGGCAAAAUGCUAAACGAAUCCUUCCAGCAGGGUGCAGCCAGUCUAAACCUGGAGUUUCAAUUUUUCCUGCCUAAGGGCCGAGAUUAUCUCAUCCACAAGAGGCUUAUACUCACAAGUUCAGGCCCAGAGAGAAAUGUCCCCAACUACAACUUUGCCCCUACAUCACAAUAGGAGAGCACCAGCAUUGAUAUUGUGUUGGCCCAACAACAGCACCAGUCUGGCAUGCAUGAGCCCCAGUCCAGGACAACCCUUCCCCUACCCUGAUCCAUAUCUCCUCCCCCAAGACCUCCAGCCUCAAAUUCUGAGCACAUCCAGUUUUCUUGCACUGUUCUCAUCAACCGCAAUGUCCACCUCAAGUUAUCCACUGUCGAGCCUGAGUAGUUUUGUUUAGCUUGAGUGUCUGAGUGGGAAGAGUGUUACAGACACUAGGAGUUAUAUCAGUAGUUAUGGCAAUGCUCAAUCAACAGUCAGUUCUUGCUGUUGGACAUCACUGUGAAUAUCACGACGAAUAAGAAGUUGAAUAACUUGUUCCAUACGUUAUGGGACAAACACAAAUGCAGCCAGGAACGGAACAACAAAUCAAGGAACAAUUGAAGCGAUUAAUGAAGAAGUGUAGGCUAGAUACUUCUGCUGUUGAUAGUUAGGACAGUAGUAGCGUUACGGACCGUCUUGGUUUGUCCUCUCAGGCGUUUAAACUGUCCAAAGGGAACAUAAAGCUUUUGACACUGUUGCUGAUGAAGAAAGGCAGUAAUGACUCGGCUGUGAACACCCAGAGCACAAUACAUCAAUGGGGCAUGCCUCAGACGCAAGUUGCGCCCAAGAUUUGUUGCGAGCACUUGGCACUCGUAUUGAAUCGAGGAUAGAGAUGGCUUUGAAAAAUGACAGCAGUUUUGUUAUGUCGUCCAGUACGCACUUUGACUCUCAACCGAGUUUGUCAGAACUCGAACUUGGGCCUUAGUAAUAUCAGCAAGUUGUAGAGACGCUCAAACUGAAACAAUUUGUUCCAACAGAUAGAACAGGCGUUGAUUGACUCGUCCGUAAAUGUGACUGGCCUUAAUAUGUUGCUCUCGAAUAAUGUGAACCUCACCAGAAGAGCUGUCUGCGAUUGACGCCAUUCAACAACAGUUGUUGUCGGGAAUUCCCGGGUUUGGGUUGGUGACUUAGGUGUCGGGACUCGCUUCAUCUCUGCAUAUGGCAGGGUCGCAGCAGCAGCAGCAGCAAGAAGAACAGCAGUCGCUUCUGAGUCCGGACAAAGAUGCUGAGGAUGUGGUGGACAAGAAUGACCUGAAUACGUAGAAGCAACUGCUCAGCACAGAAGACGACUGUCUGGUGAAAGGCUCAGCCGUAUCAAAGUUCAGUGAUGUUGGGGGACGUUGCUGUUCCAUGUCUGGGGAUCGCAUCAUGAAGGACAUUUUAGCUGACACUUACAAGGGAGAGAACUCUAGGUCUGCACCAAAAGAGAGAACCAGCAUUGAUAUCAAGUUUGACCAGGAACAGCACCAGGCUGCCUGAAGAAUCCCCAGUCCAGGACGAUCCUUGCCCCCCCCCCCCCCCUGACCCCUAGCUCCUCCACCCUGACCUCUGGCCUCAAAGGGUCAUCAUAGUUAAAUUCAAGCGCUGUACUCAACAACCGCAAUGUCUGUGUCGAGUUUUCAACACUCAAGACUGAGUAGUUUUGUUGAGCUCGAGUGCCAGAGUGGGACAGACACAAUGAGUUAUAGAAGUAGUUAUGGUAACACUAACAGUCAGUUCUUGCCGUAUGACAUCACAACGAAUAUCACGAAGAAUAAAAAGUUGAUUAAUUUGUUCCAUUCUUUAUGGGACAAACAUAAAUUCAGCGAGGAUCGGGAAAAAAUCAAGGAAAUUUUUACAAUUGAAGCGAUUAAUUCACAUGAGUAAGCUUUCCAAGCAGAAUACUUUUGCUGUCUAUAGUUUGGACAGUAGUAGAUUUACAAACGCGCUUUUGAUGCUGUUGCUGACAAAGAAAGGCAGUAACUACUUCAUUGUGAACACCCAGAGCAUGAUACACCCAUGGGGUUUGCCUAAAAUGUGAAUUCCGCCCAAUAUUGUAUACAAGGUGCUAAAAGUAAACACGUCGGGUUUUGUUACGAGCGCUUUGCACUCCAAGCCCAAAGCACAUAGAAUCAACGCCAGAAAAGGCUUAGAAAAUGACAGCAGUUUCGUUGUGUGAUCCAGUAAGGACUCUGAACGACAUUAAUGAGACCUCAAACUUGACCAUAGCACUCACAGCGAGGCCAUCAUGUUAUCUCAGCUUCUUGAGCUUCAGCAAACAUUAUUAGCCAUCAAGAUGAAAACAUCAUUGAAGUGAAAGUCAAAAACAAUCCUGACUCCAUUCGGGCACAAAUACUACAACUUGCUGAAGAAAUUCAGCACGAAGAUGUCUUGCGUCAGCCUAGCACGCCUCCUAUCAACUCUUCCAACAGCGGAGCCUUGGUGAGUUUGACUUCCGUCCAAGGUUUGAUGUUGCUUAGCAACAAUUAGAUGCUUGGCAUCAACAAAUUGUUCUGUACGAAUCGCUCGAACGUAAACGAUCUGAUCCAACAGAUAGAGCAGGCGUUGCGAGACUAGUCUGUUAAUGUGACUGAAUUCGAUAUAUUGCUUUCCAAUAAUGUGAACCUUAUGCCUGAAGAGCAGUAUGCGAUUGACGCCAUUCAACAACAGUAGUCGGGAAUUCCCGGGUUUGGGGUGGUGACUUUGUCGUCGGGACUCUCUUUCUUUUGCCUGGUCGCAGAGGCAGCAGCAACAAGAACAACAGAGCUAGUUCCUAGCAAUCAUAGAUCGGUACCCUGCUGAAAAACAGAAUCUCUGGUCAGCUGGUUCCAGAUGCCCAGCAACACUUCCAGGCCCAGGACCUUGAGGCAAAUGCUCAACAUGUCCUAUCUGCAUGAUGAAGCCAGUCUAAUUCUUGGGCUCCAAACUCUCCUGCUGUGGGGCCAAGAUUACCUCAUCCAUAAGAGGCCUUAUACUCACAAGUUCAGGCCCAGAGAACAGUGUUCCCCAACUGCAACACAACCAGUACGUCUCAAUAGAGGACACCCUUCCUGAAAACCUCGCUGAGUGCGACUGCGCCAUACGUGACCCUUCAGUGAAAUGAGAUUCCAGGUGGAAUGUCAAACAGGUCAAGGGUCACCCCGCAAUGUUCAGUGCCAAGCGAUGAAAUCAUCCACCGUUACAUGUAGUUGGUUGAGGGUCACCCAAAACCACCCGGUGCCUUGCGAUGAAAACCUCCAACGGGACUGUGACCUUGCCCUUGUAAUCACCUAAUGGUCAGGUAUAAGGUCACUUGGGCUUAGAUAGUCACUGCAGUAAGAACAUGACAUCCGAGACUGCAAUGACGAAAUGAGUGUCCUCACUUCAGCAGUGGAGGCCAAUACACAAUACGAGAGUUUCCAGCGGCUUACCUUAUCUGAAAACCUGGGAAGCAGAGCAAUGAGUAUGUCCCAGGAGCAUUUGCAGUCACAGCAAGUGAACCAGCGGCAGUCAUCGUCUCCAGAUUCUGAGAUCCCCAUGCUUCACAACCCUUAGUCUAUGAAAAUCAUGCAGAGCGAACCUUGGACAUUGACAAAAUCAACCCGGCAAAUCAGAAGGACAGCCUGUUGCUACAGUUAUCAUAUUAACCCCAGUCAUACCAAAGAAGCUCAGAGAUAUAAAUGCUGUUUAAGAUGUGCUAGUCUCCACAUACUCCAUGUCUGGUGUGAACAUGUACAAUUGAAGGUCUCUACAUACCCCAUGUCUGGUGUGAACAUGUACAAUUGAAGGUCUCUACAUACCCCAUGUCUGGUGUGAACAUGUACAAUUGAAGGUCUCUACAUACUCCAUGUCUGGUGUGAACAUGUACAAUUGAAGUUCUCUACAUACUCCGUGUCUGGUGUGAACAUGUACAAUUGAAGGUCUCUACAUACUCCAUGUCUGGUGUGAACAUGUACAAUUGAAGGUCUCUACAUACUCCAUGUCUUGUGUGAACAUGUACAAUUGAAGGUCUCUACAUACUCCAUGUCUGGUGUGAACAUGUACAAUUGAAGGUCUCUACAUACUCCAUGUCUGGUGUGAACAUGUACAAUUGAAGGUCUCUACAUACUCCAUGUCUGGUGUGAACAUGUACAAUUGAAGGUCUCUACAUACCCCAUGUCUGGUGUGAACAUGUACAAUUGAAGGUCUCUACAUACCCCAUGUCUGGUGUGGUACAAAUGAAGGUCUCUACAUACCCCAUGUCUGGUGUGAACAUGUACAAUUGAAGGUCUGUACAUACCCCAUGUCUGGUGUGAACAUGUACAAUUGAAGGUCUCUACGUACCCCAUGUCCGGUGUGAACAUGUACAAUUGAAGGUCUCUACAUACCCCAUGUCUGGUGUGAACAUGUACAAUUGAAGGUCUCUACAUACCCCGUGUCCGGUGUGAACAUGUACAAUUGAAGGUCUCAUCUUUGAAAUUGGGACAGGUGGAAAAUUGAUGCAUUGAUGCAGACAGAAGUCGCAUAAUGACAAAUCACAACAAAAAGUGGAAAUCCAGACAGUCUUGUAGCCAGCCAUGUUUUUAUGUGACCAUCCAAGUUGUGUUAAAAGAAAACAAUAGUUCAUGUUUUAUUGGAACUAUGAUGCUGAUAGUCAUUUUAUGUAAAAGGCUUUUAUGAACUAUAUUUAAAUACUCAGUAUAAUAAGAUUAAGAUUUCUUGAUAAAAGCAAUAAUGAGCAAUAUCAUUUUAAGAGCAAAAUUAGCAAGUCUAUCCAAUUACAUUGUCUGUAUUAUGAAAUUUUAUUUUGGAAAUGUUAAGGAAAAUCUAUAUAUAUAUGUCUAUGAAUAUUGAUUUUAACAUUUGUCAAAGCUGUUUAAAUGAUGCUGGUAACUUUGACAAAAUUGAAAGAAAAUGUAUUCUUUUCAUGUAAUGAGACAUGCUUCAGGUUUUUUUUUGGCUUAACAUGUAAUAUAGAGGUGGUAGUUACACACAUUGUUUAGACAGGUGGAUAAUUUUAAUGCUAAGGCUUUGAUACUCUUUAGUGUGCCCAUUGGUGUCAGGUGUUUUUGUCAAGAAUAUUGUUUAUUAUCUUAGUAUUUCAAGACAAUAUUGAUUGAUUUUAGACAAAAUCAUUUAAUCUUCCUUAAAUUGUCUAUUCUGUAUUUACUACCAGUUAUUUAUUAAUUUGCUUGAACAUGAUUUAAGAAUGACUUUUUUGUUGCUUAAAAUGCUUUAUAUGUUUUAAAACUGAGCAUUUAAAAACGAAAAUAUAGGAUGUGGGAAUAAUGUCUAAAGUUAUGAUAAUUAUUUUUUGUUUUUGUAAAAUUAAUUAUGCCUUAUAUGUUUGUGUAUAGGCAUUUAGACGACCAGAUUAACCUGACCAAGAAUUCGUGAUCAAUGUGUAUAUCGGUCAGUACAUUUGUCAUUUGUAUAUAGAGCGAUUGCGAAAUGAUUGUAUUGUUAAUGAAAAUCAUGCGUUUAUUGUUGCCAUUUUGAUUUUCGCUGUUAACAUGUAUUUGUACAAACAAUUUUCAUCAUGUACAUCUUUUAGAUGCCAGAUAAUAAAAACAAACAUUGCUUGUGAGAAUGCUCAUUUAAAACUUUCUUAAUGAUACAGAACAACACAUUCUGAAGAGGCUAAUAAAUUAUGCUUUAGGCAAAAGGAACAUCUUGUUACUAGUAUAUGUACUGCUUUUCAUUAGAUAAAGUCAACUAUUGAAAGAUUGGUUUAACUUUUUUUUGCAUUAUCUUAAGAAAAAUUAAUAUAUUCUACUUGGAAAUCAGUCAAUUGCAAAUCAAGCGAGAGUGAUUUAACAUGCUAACACUUGUCAAUAAUUGAAUUGUCUCUCUUUGUACAUAAAUAUAGGGAUGUUGUUGCUUGAAAAACAAAGUUGUAUCCGUUGUUAGAUAAUGCUUUUGUUUAUCUCUCAACAUAACAAGUACAUUCAUUUGUUCAUCUCUCAACAUAACAAGUACAUUCAUACAGUUAUUAAAAAUAUGACACUCUUAAUUCUCAGCCAUCAGUUUGUAUUGGGAUGUUGUGGAAUACUUACUAAACUAAUAUACGUCUGUUUAAUGAAUGAAUAGCUUUGGUACAAUAUGAUACUCAGUGUUACAAAACAUGUGUAAUAAAAAUAUAAUGUCAUUUAUUUGAAAUCAUAAAAUUUAGUUGUCCAUACAAUGCUUACAGUUUUGCAAUUGCGAUGAUAAAGGAAAUGUUCUGCUCAAACUGUCUUUUUAAGACAUGUGAAAAUUGUAGCAAUCAUAUUGUACUUGUAUUUAUAUUAUACAUUAUAAGAAUUUACUUACAGCUGAUGAUAGCGGCAGUUUACUAUUUGUGUUUCAGUUUGUUCCACUCGACCAUCAGACCAUAUUUCCUUAAAAAUGUGAUUGUUAAUAUUGAACUGUAAUUGAAUGCAUGAAACAUGAUUUUUCUGUUGCUUAACAGCUGAAAAAAGCUUGAUGUUUGUAAAACUGUAUGAAAUGUUUCAAAUAAAUCAUUUUGAUUACAUAAAAAAAUAUAAUUACAUUUUGCGUUACUUUGAAUGCAUAACAAACAAUUGUUACCAAACAAUCAUAUUAGUAUUGAACUUAAUUAAUACUUUAACUUUAAGAUGCGAUUUUUACAAUAAUGUGUUAAUAUUUUCAUCCAUUCCAAAUAAGCAUUGUGCAUUCGUAAAUAUAGGGUGUAUAUACACUGCUUAGAUGCCUUUUUUAAAUUGCUUGUGUACGUCAUGUUGAUUAAAGACUCUUAUGUAUUGCAUAUUUGUGUGUGCCAAUGUCUUACUUAUUUCUUCACAGUCCUUAAAUUACUGCAAAUAGUACUUUAAGAAUGUUAAAAUAUUUAUCUAAACUAUAUCCAGGUUAUCUGUUAAUUUAAGUUUCAUACAUAAUAUUUAGUGCUAAUAAAUCAGCACUAUUUAUUGAUUUUUUAUAUGGGCACUUCCCAUGACUUUAUUCGUGAAUAUUUCUUUGAAUGUGCGGUAGGGAAAACAUUGUUUGCUUGAAAGUUAGAAACUUAAUGUUGACAUCUUGAAAGAUGGCAGUAAACAUUUAACUGCAGAGUAGCUGGGAAAAAGAUUGCUGUUAAACAAUGUAAGACAGAACUCCACGCAAGAUAUGUCAUGCAUGCGAUAUGCAUGAACUAUCUCAAAAUAAUUUGGAUCUGAAUUAUCUUUAAGAAAUGGUAUGGUUAUGAGGGUCUCUAUGUGCAAAAUGUUGCAUUUAUUUAGUGUACAAGUUAUUGCUUAAACAUUGAAUUUGUUAUGGAAAUAAUAUAGUUUAUGUGACUUAAAGAGAUAUACAUGUUUAUGUUAGUGAUGUGUUUUUGCUGAUCCAAGUCUGUUCCUACACACUAUUUAAAGUAGAUAACUACAAGUUAUCUCAUUUAAAUGGGAAAAGUAUUGUACUGUGAAAAAGUGUUGUGAGUUCAAAUAAAAAUACUAUGAAC